AAGCUAGGGAUGACACCAUCAAGGAUCGUCGGACCUUUUGCGCCUACGUCCGACACCGCGGAUAUAUGCCUGCUCUCGCUCAAUAGCCAUUUUCUGCAGACAAAGGGGGCUGUUGAAUAGGGCUCUCGAAAAGGCACAAGGGUCCCCGGGGGCUCUUGUUGAAAAGGAAUCCGGCAAGAUGUGGAGUAACCUGAAAAGCAAAUGCCAAACCCUGUUUCACAGCAACAGCCCGGGACCCAACGAAGGCAGGAACGAGGCAGAUGCCGUCCACUGCGUGGUGGAUCUCAGCCACGGAGGGGCCUCCUCGGCUUCGCUUCAGGCGUCUGACGUUCCCACCUCGUCCGGCAGCCACCUUCCAGCGCCAAUGGUAACCGUAGGGCGUCGUCAUCACAACUGCGUCUCCGACGCCGCCCCUCAGAUCGUCGAGAUCGCUAUCGACAAGGACGCCGAGGAUGCGGGCGGGGGGGGAUCGGCCCCUCUGGCUCGCAGAGACUCUUAUUCCCGCCACGCUCCGUGGGGGGGUAAGAAAAAACACUCGUGCUCCACAAAAACUCAAAGUUCCUUCGAGGUGGAGCGACGGUCCGGCCGCCUGCGAGGAAGCGGAAACCGUCGAGACCGGCGCUACGGAGUCUGCUCCAUCCAGGAGAUGAGCGACACUUUGUCCGGAGCUCGCGGUUUGAACGGUCGCUCUCUGCGUCAGCGACUGAGCGACACCGUGGGCCUCUGCUUACCGCUAGCGGCCGGCAGACGCUCCGCCAAGAACCCGGUUCUUUCCAAACGAAAGAUUCACCUGACGGAGCUCAUGCUGGAGACCUGCCCCUUUCCACCGGGCUCAGACCUUGCCCACAAGUGGCAUCUGAUCAAACAACACACGGCGCCAGUGAGCCCACAUUCCUCCACUGCCCUGUUGGACGCCUUUGACCCGGCACACCCUUCUCCCGAGGACGAGGAGGAACGUCUGCGCGAACGCCGCAGACUCAGCAUCGAGGAAGGCGUGGACCCACCUCCGAACGCCCAGAUCCACACCCUGGAGGCGGCCGUGCCGGGCUCGUCUGUCUACAAACUGGGACCAAAGAUGGCUCCCGGCACGGGAGACGCUCCCGGCGACGGCCGAGCCUCGGGAACGGCCGGUUCCUUUGGAGCGUCAACGUCGGGGGCUUGCGGACAGGCGUCGGGGCCGGCGGCUUCGGCCCAGGACACCGACUCCGAGGAGGACUCGACGACCCUGUGUCUCCAAGCCAGGAGACCCAAACAAAGGCACGCCUCCGGGGAAGGUCACCUGAGCAGACAGCAAGCCGCCGGGCCCUGGAAGGUUCACACCCAAAUCGACUACAUCCACUGCCUUGUGCCCGAUUUAUUGCAGAUCACCUCUUUGCCCUGCUACUGGGGCGUGAUGGACCGCUACGAGGCCGAGUCGCUGCUGGACGGCCGUCCGGAGGGCACCUUCCUGCUGCGCGAUUCGGCCCAGGAGGACUAUCUUUUCUCGGUCAGCUUCCGGCGUUAUAACCGCUCGCUGCACGCCCGCAUCGAACAGUGGAACCACAACUUCAGUUUUGACGCCCACGAUCCUUGCGUUUUCCACUCUUCCACCGUCACGGGGCUCCUGGAGCACUACAAGGACCCGAGCGCCUGUAUGUUUUUCGAACCUCUGCUCACGGCGCCCCUCCAUCGGACAUUUCCCUUUAGCCUGCAGCACCUUGCGCGCGCAGCCAUCUGCCGCUGGAGCACUUACGACGGGAUCGGCUCUCUGCCGCUGCCCCCCGCCUUGCAGGACUUCCUCAAGGAGUAUCACUAUAAACAGAAAGUCCGAGUUCGCUGGCUGGAAAGGGAGCCGCCGCUGCCGCCGCCGCCGCCGCUGAAAGUCAAAUAGUCCGUUUGCCUGUCAAACCGUGGAGGAAGAUUACCGAACUUGAGAAAUGCCUCAUUACUGACUGACUGACUGACUGACCCUCUUUCCAAUGGAGGUUGCCAUUUCAAAUGUAACAACCUAUACAAGAUUCAUUCUAACCUUUAUUUUAGUAAUUACUUACGGAAAAGCGUAUGAUUAUAUCUCUGUAGUGCUGUCUGGAGAGCACAAAGAAUUGAGUUCAAUGAUAUGUACAUAUAAAUACAGUCUACACAGUACCGGUAUAUAAAGAUAGAUAUAUAUUUUGGAUGAGGGCAGGGAGGAGUAGCACAGAUGGUGCAUCUGCCUGAUCCCAAAACACCACCCUGCCUGUAGACCUUCACGCAUGCAUCCUUGUCCAUCCCCCAAAUUUCAAAUCGCUAUAAAGCCACAUUCUGUAGCCGCAUUUGUACAGGUCACUUUUGACGCACUCAAUUGUCUUUCUUGUCAUAACACGCAGUCGCUCACUCGGACAGACAGACAGACACCUACGUUUCCGAGAGGUGUGUGCUCGCAUCUUGCAUUCUGGGCUUGUCUCGUAGAUCAAGCGACAUAAGCCACGUUUCUUUGCACAGGAGCUAGCAUUAGCUUAAGAAGAGACGGGGGGAACUCUGACAGGGCCCGUGACGUUCAGGAAAGUCCUUCAGGGAAUUUAAGUGCUUUUGAAAGAAUGGUAGAUUAUUAACAACACGUGUCUCUCCCUAAACACUGAUUGUGAUUGAUAAUAAACCAGCCUCUUGUUUCUUA